AUGUCUGAAGAGGAGAAGACUUCCACUCCCAGCAAACCCGCGGCUGUGCCUGCACUCAACAGCCCCCGGGCCGAGUCGCCUACCACUGCGCGACCGCUUGACUUUGAUGAUGAGCCUCAGGAGUCUGGUGUGACUACGGUCAACAACCCCCCUUCUCAACAGACCGCUACUGAAACUCUCCCCGCUGCCCCGCCGAAGCCGCCCCGGCCGAUGAGCCCGAAACAACAUGCAGAGAACACGCUCAAGGAAGCUUUCCCGACAAUCGAAGCCAAUGUGGUCAGGGCUGUUUUGACUGCGAGCAAUUGGAAUGUCGAACGAGCAUUCAAUGCGCUUCUUGGCAUGACGGAUCCCACUGCGCAGGAGGAUAUGGCUCCUCCCCCGAAGCCCCCUCGCCCUACCGCCACCUCUACUGGCCGAAGCCAAUUAGAAGCCGACGAACAGUAUGCACGCCAACUAGCCGAUCAUUAUAACUCCGGACGUCGGAGACAGGAUCCGGGAUGGCAAAAUGACCCCCGGUAUCACCAACCACGAGGAAGUGAGGACUCGGAAGAGAAGGAAUACAGCUUUUUUGAUGAUGACUUGCCGGUGAUUCGUGAUAAUCUGCGCAAGGGUUUCUUGGAAACACAGUCGAAGGUCAAUUCAUGGGUUACAAGCUUCAAGAAGAGACUUGACGGAGAUGAUUUGGACGAGGAACCCAGCCAGUCUCGGGAGCAGCCUGCGCCGUAUGGGCGUCCGCGACGGAGUGGUGACAUGGCCCGUCGCAGUGGAGAUCGAGAGCGUUAUGAUGCAGACCCCCAGCUGUUCGGGGAUGACUUCUCGGCUCUCGAGCUAAGAGAUUCGGACGCUCCCCCGCCUCGUCCGCCCCGCCCUGUGGGCAAUCCGAACCUCAAGAAAACAUCAUCACCAUCACCUGAUCGUCGCAAGGUGUCUUUCCAGGAUGGACCACCUGCCGAGAUUGACACUGGACGCAAUACCCAGAGCGGUAGCAAGUCCAGCAAGUGGCAGCCUUUGGCGACCGUUGACCCUUCACCAGUGGCAGAGAAUGAUCCAUUCAGCCUCGGAGAUAGCGACGAUGAGAAGGAAACAAAGCCCAAAGAACAGACCACCGUACCGGAGAGUGAACAGCUCAAGCAGGCCACAGCUGAGGCAAUGUCCGGUGAGAUGGACUCCAAGGAUAAGAACAGCAAGACGGAGGAAUCGAAGUAG